AGAUCAACAUUAGCAUGGCGUCGACCAAUAACUGUGCUUGAAAUUACAGUCUUGGCACUUUGGAGCGAAGGGAACUCCUUUAUUUGCGCUAGGCUCUAGUUUCUCUAAAUUUGGAGACUUAGGUGUUGUUCAGUAUGGCAGGACUUGUGAAGGCUAAAAAGUAUGAUUGGAAGGACUCAAACUUGGCUUUGUUCGGCUCAGACGUCGAGAAAAAUGUCAAGAAAAGUUCAGCAAUGACGGAAAAAGCUUGGAAGGGUUGUGGUGAAAAAGUUGAAUUAAAGAUCUGGAGAAUUGUCAAAUUCAAGGUAGAAGAUUGGCCUACGGAGGAUUAUGGGAAAUUUUUUGAGGGAGACUCAUACAUCAUUCUAAACACAUACAAAAAGGAUCCCAGUAGUGAGGAGCUUGACCAUGAUGUUCACUUUUAUAUUGGCAAGUACUCCACCCAGGAUGAGUAUGGAACAGCUGCAUAUAAAACAGUUGAACUUGACACUUAUUUGGAUGAUAAACCUAUCCAGCAUCGUGAAGUAAUGGAACACGAGUCUGAUCUCUUUAAGAGCUACUUCAAGGCCAUUUCUAAAAUGAAAGGAGGGGCUGAAACAGGAUUCCGUCAUGUGGAACCCAAGAAGUACACCCCCCGCCUUCUGCAUGUGUUUGGUGAUAGGAAAAAGACCAACAUCAAAGAGGUGAAGUUUAAGAAAGAUUACUUGAAUGAUGGUGAUGUGUUCCUGAUUGACCUUGGACUUCAGAUAUUCCAGUGGAAUGGUGAAAAAAGCAGCAAGGAAGAAAGGUGGGCCGCAGGGGGAGAGGUCAGCAAAUUAAGGUCUGACCGGGGAGGUAAACCAACAGUGGAAGUUCUUGAUGAUUGUAAGGUUGAUGAAAUACCUGACGUGUUGUUGGAAGUCUUUCCCGAUGAAGGACAGCCUGGAACCAAGAGGUCUAAAUUCUGUAAGAAAAGUGAUGAGACUGAUGCAGGGUACGAGAAGGUGUUAUUUAGGUUGUCAGAUGCAAGCUCUGAGAUGACGUUUACUGAAGUUGCUCGCGGAAGUAUAUCAAAGAGCCAGUUGGACAGCAGCGAUGUUUUUAUCUUGGAUUCUGGUAAACACUGCUACGUGUGGGUUGGGAGGAAUGCUAGCCCAGAUGAAAAGAAGAAUGGUUUGUCUUAUGCCCAUAAUUACCUAGUAAAAUCUGCAAGCCCUCUUCAACCAGUCACUGUAAUUGGAGAGGGACAGGAAACAAAGGGAUUCUACGCAGCAUUUAACUAAGGGAUGUGCCGUGUGGAACGAGGACAUUCUAAUCAUGAAGUAUAAAAGAAAAAAAUGUUUGUAGUGUGUCUGGUUAAGCUUCAGGUGAAUGUAGACAGAAUUUCGUGUGGUUUUUACCACAUUGGGCAGAAAUUCGUCUUUGUUCGCAGGCAGCUUCUGGAAGUAGGUCUCUUGGUAAUUUUGUCGCUUUUAAAUCGGAAAAUGAAACUUGGGUUGUUGUUUAUCUAGAACGUCGAGGUUAUUUUGUUAAACUAGGAUUCACCGCUCUAUACUGUUUUAACUAUAAAAUUGAAAGUGAUCACAGAUAUGAAAAUAAACCUUGGAAUCUACUGUGAUUCAAGUUUGUGAUUAUAAA